UGAGUGCAUCAUAAUAGAGAAACCACAGAUGAUGUCAUAAUAGCCACCUGCAGAGGUGGAGGCAAAGUGUCAUCCCACAGCACUGGGGAGAGAUGCAGCUGGUGCACACCUACCUACACUACAAGCAUAUAUGUGUUUUAUACCAGUCCUAUCCUGGAGGUUCUAGUUUGGAGAGAGUGCUGAUAAUUGUCAGAGUUAUUAAUUUUUUUGAGUUUUCCAUUGAUCCCUAUGGGGGAAUUACCUGAUGGGCCCAUGUUCAAUUCUUGCAUAGAGGCCCUUUCAGAGCUUCUUAUGCCACUGCCACAAUCUACUAGUUCUUAAGGUGACAUAACAUAAAACUUACGUUCUGUAACAGAUUGACCCAGCUAUUCCUCGACAUUCUUAUUCAUAUUCGUAGUACAUAAUACAAAUUCAUAGUUGUGAACAUGCUGGCAGCAAUGCAUGACGCUGCUUUCGUAAACAUGCUGUUGGGCUUCUUUCAAUGGAUGUGUGUGAAGGAUUACAACCUUGCUUGAAAGCAAGUCUUUAGGAUGAGAGUGACAACCCGAUCAUGAUAUAGUUCUUUUCUGCCUAGGAUUCAAGGUAUUUAAAAUUCAAAUACAAAUUAAGCAAAAGACAAAGCAAUAAAAUAGCAAAUAUUUCUCAGGUCAUAGGCGAUCAUUGGAGUUCAUGGCAUAAGCUUCCUGGACUGGGGUUCUCUGGACUUCUGCCUCCCCCUUAAGGCACUUGAGUAGUGUCUGAGGAGGUGCAGGAAGGACUGUUCCAGGUGGUCUCCUAGGUGAUAUCUGAUGGCUUAUCUUAAGAAGAAACUCAUCUUGUCUGCCUUCCCCUCAAGAUUGUCCUACUUGUGGUCUUCCCUGAGUAUCAGCCCAAAGGUGGUCGGUUUCACAUCUGUAACGAUGUCAGACCCAAUAAAAGAAGGUAUCGAGCUUCAAGUGGCAGAAUUAGAAAUGCUUUUUUCCAUGUUUCCCAAUAAAGGAGAAAUAACUCUUCAAGAUGAAAACAUCCUCUGUGAUGUUCGGAAGUAUCUAAACAAUACAAGCGAAGAUCUUCCACACAAAAUUGAAUAUUCAGUUGCUGUGACUAUUGAUUCCCCAAAGGUGAGAGUAGAUUUGCACGUAUCCUUGCCCCGUGAUUACCCUCAUGCAGCACCACAGCUUUUUGCGAGAUCAAGUGCUCUAGACAGACAGCAGCAAUUGCAGCUCAACCACGAUCUCACUUCUCACAUGGCUUCUCUGGAGUCAGGUGACCUUUGCAUCUGUGCUGCUGUGCAGUGGGUACGAGAGAACAGCACACCCUAUUUACAAAACAGCAAACUCACCCCUGAAAGGGGGCCAAAAGAAAAAGUAGUUAAAACAUUAUUUAAUCGAAUGUGGAUUUACAGCCAUCACAUAUACCGGCAAGAGCUCAGGAAAAAGAUUUUUGACUGUGCAGAGAGAUUAAAUCUGACAGGUUUCUGCCUAACUGGGAAACCUGGGAUCAUUUGUGUGGAGGGUGUUGAAGAGAACUGCAAAGAGUUUUGGCAUGCUAUUAGAUACCCCAACUGGAAACACAUUUCCUGCAAGCAUGUUGAGAGUGGAGAGGCUGAGGGAAAUGGAGAGAACCUACGCCUCUUUAAUACUUUUGAAGAUUUACAGUUUCAAGCCCAUGGUGACUAUGGAUUGAGGAACGACUAUCACAUGAAUCUUGGUCAGUUCCUAGAAUUCCUCAAGGAGCAUCACAGUGAACAUAUAUUUCAGAUCUUGUUUGGCGUUGAAGGCAGAUGUUCUGACAACUAACAAGUUGUUUUUAGUUCUGCUGUCUUUGUUAAUAGGAACUAAACCCAUUCAUGGCUCUGCCACAAUAAAACUGAGAAAAGAAUGUGGCAAGCCGUUUCAGAGAGCACGCACAGAAUCUUUGAUUGGUACGUGAACAAUUUGUACAUCAAAGUUUAGAAUUUCAUUUAGAGCAAAAUUCAUUUGUUUUAUGGCAAUGCAAGAGAAUAUGGAACUGACUACAUCAGCUUAAUAGUACAUCUAGUACAGUUUAGUGAAUCCUGAGAAGCAGAGGACCUUAAACAAAUAUCUAAGACCUCACGUGUAUUUCCCAGCACCAUUCAUGUUGCAAGCCUAUGCGCAUUUAUCUUGGAGUACGUUCCAUUGAAGUCAGUGGGACCUGCUUCUGAGUAAAUGUACAUAAUAUGGUGCUGUAAGUGAAGCUUGAGGAGAGUCAACCGGCAACCCCAUCAUGUAAAGUAUAAUAUCUUCCAUCAAGCUACAGCUCUUCAAAGCCAUCAUUUUGCUUCCCAGCCCUAAAUUGUGCAAAGACGAUGUACCAGUGGCAGUGACUAUCUACCAUGUAGAUCACCACUGAGAGGUGUCUUGAUGCUUCACUUCCUGCAUUCUACACUAAGCUACAGCUUCUGAGCAGUAAUUUAGGGUAAUUCUGCACACAGUUGUCUGGCCAGAUUAUGAGCACCAUUCAUAAGUACAAAAUAAACUAGUAAAGUUCUAGGCAUUGCAAUGGCUCCAGAAUGGCCAAUUUUAUUUAUUUAUUGUUAAAUUUAUACCCCGCCUUUCAUUAAGAAAAUCCCAAGGCAGCUCACAGUAAAAUUUAAAAACAAGAUUAUAAAAGAGACACAUUAAAAUAUUGAGCUAAAAAUACAAAAACAGAACUGAUUUAAAAAAAAUUAAAUUAAAUUAAAACACUAGCAUAAAAACAGUACAAAAUACAAGAAGCAGCAGUGGAGACAAUCAUAUAAAAGCCUGGGUAAAAAGCCACGAUUUGACAUGCUUUCUAAAAACUCUGAUGGAGACUAUCCACCGGGAGAGCAUUCCAGAGUCUGGGGGCAGCAACAGAGAAGGCCCUGUCCCAAGUGCAUGACAACCUAGCCUCCCUCAUUGUCAGCACCUGGAGCAGAGCCCCCUCAGAUGACCUCAUCAAGCAGGCAGCAACCCUUGGGAGCAGGCGGUCCCUUGAACCAACACCUUGAAUUGGACCAGGAAACGAACUGGCAGCCAGUGCAACUCUUUCGGAAUGGGUGUGAUGUGCUUCCACCAGGCAGCUCCAGAUAGAAAGAACACUACUGCCCUGUUUUGCACUUGCUGCAGUUUCCGGAUAUUCUUCAAGGGCAGCCCCACGUAGAAUGCAUUACAGUAAGCCAGCCGUGACGUAACUUCCAAUGGUGCUGAAACCCUCUAUAGCAGUGUUACUGUUCGUUCCUUCCACCACCUGCAAGCCCAAUUCUUACUACUAUUCUCCUGCUUAGACCCUCUUCCAGUAGACUUACUUCUAAACAGACACAGUGAAUAACUACUAAGACUGAAUGACAUCAUACAGGCUCUGCUGGUUCGUCUGAAAGGACCACAUAAUCUAGCAUUUUGUUUCUUACAGUGGGUAGUCAGACGUUUAUAGGUAGCCUACAAUCAGGGCCAGAAGGCACUUGGCAUCUCCAUCUGUGCCCCCCACUUAUUUACUGACAUACCUCCUGUGGAUGCUCUGUUUAGCUAUCAUGGCUAAUAGCCAUUGUGAGGCAUCUUCCAUGAAUGUGGACCUAUCUCACCCCAUCUGUAUGUUGAUUGGCACUCUCAAAGAACUCCUGCAAAAGGAAGUUCUGCCUUCUCAGCCUUUGGAAGUUAAACUGAUCCUUCCUCAGCAAGGCUUGAGCUUCUGUGUACUUAAUGAGGCUGUUCUUGCAGGCAGCCUAACCCGGGCUAGGGACACCCAGCCUAGGUUAGGCUGUGCGUGAGAACUGCAAGGAUCGGGCCCAAACCCGGCAGGCCAGUGCCGUCUAGCCUGGCUGUUAGCCGAGGUUAAGGGAGCAAGUGCUCCCUUACUGCCAGCCACAUGCUUAAGUGGGACCAUGGGCUGCUUCCAGCCUGGUUGCACACAGAUGGGCACCUAGAGCACCCGUCUCUUGGGGAAAUGUGCCGCGAACGGCAUUAUGGGCUUCACAGCGGAUGGGAUGAGUCCCAGCCUC